GCAUCGUCUCCGGCGUUCCGUGAAAGGAUCCCAUAUUACGCAACCGUUUAUCAACCGUCUCUCUCGUCAAUUUUCUCUCUCUUUUUAGGUUUCCCCACGACAUGCCUCGCCGAAGCUCUGGCGGAAGAUCUGCACCACGUGCAGCACCUCGACGUUCUCCAGCUCCAGCUCCUGCUCCAGUAAACCAUGCUCCUCCUCCAGCUCCUCUCCAGACCAGUAGUGGGGGACUGGGCAUUGGAUCAACCAUAGCUCAAGGCAUGGCUUUUGGCACUGGAAGUGCUGUGGCACACCGGGCAGUAGAUGCUGUCAUGGGUCCUCGAACCAUUCAACACGAGACUAUUCCAGCUCAAGCAUCCCCACCCAACAGCUUGAGUGGCUCAGAUGCUUGCAGUCUGCAAACUAAGGCCUUCCAAGAUUGUCUGAAUAGCUAUGGGAGCGACAUUACCAAGUGCCAAUUCUACAUGGAUAUGCUAUCUGAAUGCCGAAGGAACUCUGCUCUGAAUGCUUAAGACUUCACAUUAUGAUUGUUGAAGGCCUUCUGUGGUUCUCAAUGAUGAAUGGGCACACAUGCAUUUACCUUACUUGUGGUUAAUGUAGUUUUGCUUCCAAUAAACUUUUGUAAUUUUGGUUGAUUGAAUUGAACAUCAUGGUUUUUGGACAAACUAUAGUCACAUUAUCUUGUGCCAUUUGUUUCCUAAUAGUCUUGAUGUAUGAUAGAUGCUAUUAUUGGCUUCCAUU